AAAUAAAUAAAUAGAUUAAUAUAUAUACCUCAACAAUGGCAGCCGCCGCCGUGACUACUUACUCUGCCACCGCAUUUCGUACUCGAACACCACCACCACCACCACCACCGUCUGUCAUCCCCAAUCAACUAUCAUAUGCCUCCAAAAAACCCAACAGCAAAUUUGACCUCAAAAAACUCUCUGUCAAAGCCUCCACCACUGGCUCUGUUCCCGCCCCUGUUGACUCACCUUCAUCCAAUUCGUCUAGACCCACGGUGAGGCGCCACACUAUUUCAGUAUUUGUUGGUGAUGAGAGUGGAAUGAUAAAUCGGAUUGCAGGAGUUUUCGCAAGGAGGGGAUAUAAUAUCGAGUCUCUUGCUGUUGGUUUAAACAAGGACAAAGCUCUUUUCACUAUAGUUGUAUCUGGAACCGAAAGGGUGUUGCAGCAAGUUAUGAAACAGCUUCUAAAGCUUGUUAAUGUUUUGAAGGUCGAAGAUAUCUCAAAGGAGCCACAAGUAGAACGUGAGUUGAUGCUUAUCAAGAUCAAUGCAGAUCCAAGUUACCGUAUGGAGGUUAAGUGGUUAGUGGACAUCUUUAGAGCUAGAAUCGUUGAUAUCUCACAGGACUCGCUAACAAUCGAGGUAACUGGUGACCCAGGGAAAAUGGUUGCAGUGCAAAGAAACCUGAGUAAAUUUGGGAUUCGAGAAGUUGCAAGGACUGGAAAAAUUGCUUUGAGAAGAGAAAAAAUGGGCGAGGAUGCUCCUUUCUGGCGUUUUUCAGCAGCUUCAUAUCCAGACCUUGAAGAAAUGAACGCAAGAACUACUCUUCAGGCCAAAAAAAGUGCAGAAUUUAUAGAAACCGAUAUGUCUGUUGGGGGAGAUGUUUAUCCAGUAGAGCAAGGAGAUGACUUUCCAUUUAAUCAAGUUCUUGAUGCACACUGGGGUGUUCUUAACGAAGAAGAUACAAGCGGGCUUCGGUCACACACUUUAUCGAUGGUUGUAAAUGACUCUCCCGGAGUUUUAAAUAUAGUAACAGGAGUUUUUGCUCGUAGAGGUUACAAUAUUCAGAGUCUAGCAGUUGGUCAUGCAGAAGUUGAAGGGCGAUCCCGCAUCACAACUGUCGUUCCCGGUACAAAUGAGUCUAUCAGCAAGUUGGUUCAACAACUAUACAAGUUGAUAGAUGUUCAUGAUGUGAUAGACCUAACAUCCGUGCCAUUUGCUGAGCGAGAGUUAAUGCUGAUUAAAGUUGCCGUCAAUUCCACAGCUCGACGCAGUGUUCUUGAUAUUGCAAGCAUAUUUAGAGCUAAAGCCGUAGAUGUAUCAGAUCACACAAUUACACUCGAGGUCACUGGAGAUGUAAAUAAGAUGGUAGCAUUACAGAGACUGUUAGAGCCAUGUGGAAUUUGCGAGGUUGCAAGAACAGGGAGGGUGGCACUGUCUCGUGAGUCUGGUGUUGAUUCAUCUUACCUUCGUGGCUAUUCCUAUCCCGUUUGAUUCAGUCAUUUAGAGUGUCUUUUUGUUUUUGGUUGCUCGGAGUAUAGAAUUAUAUAUUUUCAAUGAUUGAAUAUCUACAAGUCGUUUUAGCAUGUAUGUUUUAAUAAAAGCUGCUGUUUUGAAUGAGGGUUUGGUAUGAACCCAAUUUGAAAGAUUUUGUUUUUUCUUUAAA